AUGGAUGCUCUCAGUGUCUUGCUGGCUCUGUCAAUAUCAGAGGCGAAGAACUCUGGAGCUAACUGUCCUCCGUGUCAUGAAAAUGCCAAGUGCUACAACAGUACCCACUGUGUUUGUAAAGAUGGGUUCCAGCCCAAGAGUGCGAGAUCCGUCUUUUCAUCCUAUGAGAAAUGUGAAGAUAUUGAUGAAUGUCAGACAAGUAUGGCACAGUGCAAGGAGAGAGCAUACUGUAGGAAUAAAAUUGGAAGCUACAUCUGCAGCUGUGUGGCAAAGUAUCUUCGAGUCUUAAGUUGGAUGGCUGGUUUAUUUGACAUUGAUCGACCAGAAUGCUACAAGAACAAGAAUAAGGUGACACAGUCAUCAGGGGACAUUUGGGAAAACCUGAGGAAAAAUAUGAGCAAAAAAGACUUUUCAAGGAAUGCUACACAAAUCCUUCAGCAAAUUGAAGUGGACAUAUGGACCACAAGUCUUGCUUCUCCAGGAAAGGGUGAAGAUUCUCAUUUUGGAAUAGUCUAUGACUCCAAGAGGUGCCACCAGGCAAACGAGAAGACUUUCCUGGAAGCCGGAAACAACACCAUGGAUAUUGACUGCACUGAUGCCUUCAGAACCACGAGAGAUACGAAUGGGGUUGCUCUUAUCACUUACCAAUCUCUCGGGGAUGUUCUGGACGGAUCCUUUUUUAACAACAGAAGAGGACUACAAGGAGUGCAGCUGAGCUCCCGUGUUGUGAGCGGCACCAUUGGUUUGAAUCAGAUGGUUCAUCUGUCUAAACCUGUGCUUCUGACGUUUCAACAUACUCAGACUGGUGGUGCGGGAAUGAAGUAUUUCUGUGUAUACUGGGAAGGAUCGGAAGAGGGGGGUAGCUGGUCGAUGGAGGGCUGCUCUCAUGUAUACAGCAACGAAUCCUGCACCAUAUGCAAGUGCUUCCACCUGUCCAGUUUUGCCGUCCUCAUGGCUCUAACACCAAAGGAGGAUCCGGUGCUGACUCUGAUCACCUACGUGGGGCUGAGCCUCUCUCUGCUGUGCCUCUUCCUGGCAGCCCUCACGUUCCUGCUGUGUCGGCCCAUCCAGAACACCAGCACCUCCAUCCACCUGCAGCUCUCGCUCUGCCUCUUCCUGGCCCAUCUCCUCUUCCUCACGGGCAUCAACAGAACUGAACCCAAGGUGCUGUGCUCCGUCACGGCGGGGGCACUGCAUUACUUCUACUUGGCCUCCUUCAUCUGGAUGCUCCUGGAAGGGCUGCACCUCCUCCUCACUGUCCGGAAUCUCAAGGUGGCCAACUACACCAGCGCAAACAGAUUCAAGAAGAGGUUCAUGUACCCUGCAGGCUAUGGAAUCCCGGCUGUGAUUGUCACUGUGUCUGCAAUAGUUGGACACAAAAAUUAUGGAACGUACACUCACUGCUGGCUCAAGCCUGAAAAAGGAUUCAUUUGGAGCUUCAUGGGGCCAGUAGCAGUCAUUAUCAUGAUAAACUUGGUUUUCUACUUCCAAGUUCUGUGGAUUUUGAGAAGCAAACUUUCUUCCCUCAACAAAGAAGUUUCCACCAUUCAGGACACCAGAGUCAUGACAUUUAAAGCCACUGCUCAGCUCUUUGUCUUGGGAUGUUCUUGGGGCCUUGGUUAUUUUAUGGUUGAAGAAGUAGGGAACACGGUUGGAUCGGUCAUUGCCUACUCCUUCACCAUCAUCAAUGUCCUGCAAGGGCUUUUGCUCUUUGUAGUCCACUGUCUCCUUAAUCGGCAGGUACGGAUGGAAUACAAGAAGUGGUUUAGUGGGAUGCGGAAAGGAGUCGAAACUGAAAGCACUGAGAUGUCUCAUUCUACUACACACACUAAAAUUCAGAAGCUCCUGGCUUCAGAGCUG